CUCCUCUUUCUCCUUUCCCCUGCGACUAAUUCAGACAUUUCUUUCUCUUUCAAUUUCUUGCUUCGUCUCCUUCCUCUACCAUGCCUGCCGAUACCGAUGCCCAGGCGACUUCAUCGCAUAUGAUGAAGACAACAAAACGCGGAAGGCCUUUUCUCAAGGAUACCCUCGAUCUGUUUGCAACACUUAUCGUCUCGUUAGAGUUGACGCCGCACAAGCAGUUCUUUCGUACAUUCCCCAACUCGUUCUCUACAGAUGAAGCCGCUCAGAAUCUUGCGUCGCUCAAGUUCUCUCAGUCUAAUCGAGGUCCGGAUCCCAGAGAACCUUCGCGUGUGGUAACGACAACGACAACCACGACGUUUUCAAUGACCCGUGAUAUGGCCAAGGCGAUGAGCCAGCACUUUAUGGACGCCCGCCUUAUCGAGAACGCUGCCGACCCAUCCUCGACCUUGUUCAAGGACAGGGGUGUCUAUGUGCUCACGCCGAAGGGGUUGCACGUUUUGGAACGUUUCAUCAGUAAAAAUGGUAUCAAUUCAGACCAUCUCCAGCAGGUUUUUGUGUCCCAGCCCAUCUGCAUCAAGCUUCUCCACCUCGAGCGACGAUCAGCAGACGACGAAAUCAUAGUCACACAGUCCGUCAUCACUGCCCUCUUCCGACGUUUCGUCGGCCGAAGCCCCAACUUCCCAUCUGCAACCCCUUCCCCUGAUCCCUUCCAACGGUACAACGAGCGAUCCAAAGGUGUUGCUCUCAUGGAAGUCACGGAGCGGGCGCAACCGCUUCUCGGCAAGGGUCAGCAAGUGCACAAAUAUUGUUUUGCGGCUGUCACUGCUCUUGAGUGGUUGUGUGACUUCACUUCGGUGGUUGGGCGUGAGGAGGCUGCAGAGAUGGCCGCACAGUUCGUGCGAUUCGGACUGAUCACCCUGGUUAGCGAUAAGCGGAAGAACAACGAUUCUGCGAUCAUCUUUACGGUCCGAGGAUCUGCCCCAGGAGGCAACUCUCCCGUCAGCCAACACGGAGAGUUCCGCUGCACCGCUAAGGCGAUCUACAAGAUCACGGAGGAAGGUCGACGCCUCGCGCACUGGGACAAUCCAAAGCAAAUCGGCUCCCAUGACUCCCCGAACGCAUCGUCUGCAACGCUCACCGAGCGCUCCUCUAUGGACAAGUCUGCCGUAGACCAUAACGAGAAGAAGGGCGGAGAUGCCAAGAUCCACCGUCGCAUCUCGAUGGCGGAGAAGAUGAAUGCCAGUUAUGAUGCUGCGGACAAGAAGAAUAACCAGAAGGAGAGCAACGCAGAGCGUCUGCGGUACAUUUUGGAGGAGCCCGGCCUUCGUUCGCUCUUCCGCGAGUUCCUUCGGAGCAACUUCUGCGAGGAGAACUUGUCGUUCUGGCUUGACGUCGAGGACUUCAAGCGCAAGUUCAACAUCACCUCUAGUGCUGUCGCCGUUGCCCCUGCUGCUCCCCGUCCCGCUUCCAAGACUACGCCAGGCCAAGCAGCGAUGGAACGGCACCAUGAAUCCCUCAUCAACACCGCAUUCGUGAUAUACAACACGUACCUCGCUCCUUCCAGUCAGUGCGAGCUCAACAUCGACCACGGUCUCCGGAAUGAGUUGUCCAAGUAUUUGGAGGAUGUUGUGACGAGCCUAACGGGCAAGGCAUUCCAGGGGCGCGUCGAGCCUGAACAGGCAAAUGCCUUCAAUGCGACUCAGCUGCAGACCAUGAUCCGGUUGUAUGAACGGAUUCAGACUCACGUUUUCCGGUUGAUGGCGACGGAUUCUGUUCCUCGGUUCAUCAAGAUACCUAAGUUCCUGGCGAUGCGCAACUGGGUCGAGGACUUUGAUCCUACCGACGAUGAUGUCCGCCUCUUGACCUCUGCUCCUUCUCAACCACCAGGCCUCGGUUCGUCAGAAGAGACGGGGGGCGCAUACAUAACAAUAUCACAACAAGGCAGUGAACGGGCACAGGGUCAAACUACUCCCGCGAUCUCGACGCCGAACGCACCGUCCGCACCAGCAUCGUCAUAGACCGGUCGCAUUGCGAUUUGCAUUUUCUUUCUUUGCAUGGUCUUCACUGGACGCUUCGAGGGCUUUCACAUUUUUUUUGGCAACCGCAUGCUUUAUUAUCAUCAUUCAUAUGCGCAUCUUUGCUUUCAUUUUUGUUUCCUUUUUCAUCAUCGCAAUCACGGCACGCUGACCCCAGGGGGUCAUAAUUUUGUACCUUCCCAUUGUCCACCCAUCGUGUUCCUACGUCUUACUCCCGGUCCUUGUUGUCAGGCCACAGACUACACUUUGGUGACUUUUUUGUCACCACGAAAUCGCCGGUGUCUUUUACUGUAACUUUUUAGUACCCUACACGCUUCCUCUACUAGACGGAUGGCAUACCCCCACUAAUUGAGCAAGAAAUCGUUGUUCGUAAUAAUAGUUUACCUGCUUGUAU